AUGGUUCCAUACAAGCUCAGUGGUUGCAAGGAUUUCAUCCGGACAAGUUGUAUAUCUUCCAUACUUCUUUUCUUCCUGUUAGUGGUAGAUACUUCGGAAGAAAUAUCUGGUGAUGAGGGAAUAGUACGUUCACGCCAAAAACGGUUUAUAGCAUUUCCGGAAGGAUCUUCUUUCUCAGUGGCCAUUUGUACGACUAUUGGACAAAUCGGUAAUCCUAACAUUAACUUUAUCAGCUAUGCCCUCAAUUGGGGAGUAUCCUAUGAACUUCCAAAUGAAAUCUGGGUAAUCCAAUACGCACAUGGUUUUAAGAAUAAGAUAAUUGAUGAUGUUCAACCGCUGGUUCAAAGAAGGUCUCGGCGGAGUUUCUAUGCCGAAAUUGAAGUGAUAUUAGACAGUAUGGGUUACAGUGGCAGAGAUUGCAUAUUACGAGCAUUAUGUGAAAGUAAAAAAAUUUUAAGCAGAAGAAAAGGGACAAUGGAAGAGGAGUUACUUAAAGCGAUUUUUAGUUUACCACUUUUGAGCAAGUUGUUCAACGAGCAUCGAGAUAUGUUUGAAUAUGAAAGGGCAUAUCACAGGGACCAUGACUCCACGAAUUGCGCAAGGUCCUUUUCAAAAUGUGGGUUUUCACUUCUAGCCCUCGCAUUGGGAAAACAUUCAAAAUCGGGAUAUAAUUCAAUACGACCUGAUAUGGGCAUUGCAGCAGAUAUUUUAAGUUUAAAUUGUAGAUAUUGUGUGGUGAUACUUUCCAUAAUAUUGGUAAUUGAAAUUGCUUUUGUGGGGACUUAUGAUGAAUCGCAGGAACCGCAUUCUCGACAGAAACGUUACCUGGCUUUCCCUGAAGGAUCAUCAUUUUCGGUGGCUAUAUGUACUACAAUUGGACAGAUUGGCAAUCCGGAUGUCGACUACAUGAGUUACGCCCUAAACUGGGGAGUGGCUUACGAUUUACCAAACGAAACUUGGGUGAUUCAACAUGCUCACGGGUUCAAGAAUACAAUUAUUCCUGAUGACAAACCGAAAGUUCAAAGGCGAUUUCGGAGGAGUUUGUACGAACAAAUUGAAAUGUUACUGGACAGUAUGGGAUAUAAUGGAAGGCAAUGUAUAAAGCGGGCACUAUGCGAGAGUCGAAAAUUUCUAAGUGAACGAGUUGGGACAAUGGAAGUGGAGUUGUUGAAAACCAUUUUUAGUAUGCCGAGUUUGCAGCAACCUUCAAGAGAGUCUAGAGAUAUUUUGGAGUAUGACCACGCGUAUCAGAAUCACGGUAAUCUGCAAGAAUGCUCAUUGGAAUAUCCUGGCUGUGGAUUCUCACUCAUUGCAUUGGCUCUAGGGAAGCAUACAAAGCCAAGUCCUAAUUUUAUGUAA